GCAAACGUGGGCUCCCUGCCUUCCCCGCCUCCUCCCGGCCCUGUGUGCCACCCUCCGGGAAGCGGAGCCUGGCAAGCGGCGUGAGAGGCGUCCCCGCUCCUCUCUGUGGAAAGUUACCCUAUUUCGGUAGAAACGGCUUUUGCUGAAAUGCGGCGGAGGUGAUCUUUGUAAUGUUGCGGUUUCACUGGCAGUCUGACACGGAAGUAAACUCUUGAUGGUAGUCUCUCUCCUGUUGACUUCUGCUGCCUUGAGCAAGAUUAUGUGGAUUCAGCAAAAGACUUGAGCAUAUUUCUGAAUAUAGGCAUAUUUACCUGUUUGUAUUAGGCCCUUCCUCCUAAUCCUGGAGAAAGACAGCGUGAAUAGCUGAUAACAUGAUUCGAAUUGCAGCACUGAACGCGAGCUCCACAAUUGAGGAUGACUAUGAAGGUACCUUCAAAAGUCAUAAGACACAGACAAAGGAAGCUCAAGAAGCAGAAGCUUUUGCUUUGUACCACAAAGCUUUGGACCUUCAGAAACAUGACCGAUUUGAAGAGUCUGCUAAAGCUUAUCAUGAGCUGCUUGAGAUUCGUCUUCUGCGAGAGGCAGUUCUUUCUGGUGAUGAGAAAGAAGGGCUGAAACAUCCAGGCUUGAUGUUAAAAUAUUCCACCUACAAAAACCUAGCACAACUGGCAGCACAACGGGAUGACUUAGAGACAGCCAUGGAGUUUUAUUUGGAGGCUGUAAUGCUAGACUCUACUGAUGUCAACCUAUGGUAUAAAAUUGGUCGUGUGGCAAUAAAACUAAUCCGCCUGCCUUUGGCUCGUCAUGCUUUUGAAGAAGGUCUGAGGUGUAAUCCUGAUCACUGGCCUUGUUUAGAUAACCUUAUCACAAUCUUGUACACACUCAGUGACUACACAACAUGUUUGUACUUUAUCUGCAAAGCUCUGGAAAAAGACUGUCUAUAUAGCAAAGGAUUGGUUCUGAAGGAGAAGAUCUUUGAGGAGCAGCCUUGUCUCAGGAAAGAUUCCUUAAGGAUAUUCCUCAAAUGUGACAUGUCUAUCCAUAAUGUAAACGUGAGUGCAGCUGAAACAGGAAAAAUCAUAGAUGAAGCACUGGAGCUACGUAAGAAAAGACAAGCGUUGCUAGUGCGUGACAGAGAACCAGACCUCAGACUGGUCCAACCAAUUCCCUUUUUCACGUGGAAGUGUUUAGGAGAAGCUUUACUUGCCAUGUAUCACCACCUCACAACAUGUGAUCCUCCUCGACCCAGUCUGGGAAAGAGAAUUGAUCUCUCAGAAUACCGAGACCCAGUUCAACAUUUGAUUCUCUCUCCUACUUCUACUCCUGUCAGUGUUAUUCAGCCAAAUCCUGUCAGCACUAAUCCAGUGGUGACAAUGCCAGAUCCUGUAUUACCUUAUACUCCAACGACACCCAACUUUCCAAGUCACAGUCAGAAUUCAUUGGAACCAGGAGCUACUGUAGGUGAGCAAGGUGACAUAUCUGCAGGUGAUAAAUCCAAGAAAGGUGUGAAGCGAAGGAGAAUUACAGAAGAUAGUGGUGAAACAGCAAAAAGGAGAUCUGCCAGAGUCCGGAACACCAAGUGUAAAAAAGAGGAGAAGGUUGACUUUCAAGAGCUGUUGGUGAAAUUCCUUCCUUCCAGAUUAAGGAAAUUGGAUCCAGAGGAGGAGGAGGACCCUUUCAAUAACUAUGAGGUGCAGUCAGAGAUCAAAGAGGAGAAUUUCCAACAUGUUGGACCACAUAGAAUGUCAUUCGAUUCUACAACAUUUAUGGAAUCUGAAAAACAGGAUGUUCAUGAAUUCCUUCUGGAUAACCUGAACAAUGGUGGGAUCUUGGAGCUGAUGAUGAGAUAUCUAAAAGUCAUCAGCCAAAAGUUCCUAGUGAAGUGGCCUCCUGGCUUGUGUGAGGUGGUCCUUAGUAUCUAUAAUAGCUGGAGAAAGCAUAGUAGUAGUCUUCCUAAUCCAUUACUGAGGGACUCAAGUAAUCAGCAUAUCAAGGAUAUGAUGUUGAUGAGCCUUUCUUGCAUGGAACUGCAGUUAGAUCAGUGGCUACUGACAAAAGGGAAGAGCUCUACAGUUUCUCCACGGAAUUGCCCUGCUGCCUCUGUGAAUGGAAAGUUUGGUCCUGACUUUCCAGGAACUCACUUUUUGGGAGACCUGUUGCAGCUGUCAUUUGCAUCCUCACAGCGAGAUUUAUUUGAGGAAGGCUGGAUGGAGUUUGUCACUCGGGUGUAUUGGCUGAAAGCUCGCUUUCUAGCACUGCAGGGAGACAUGGAACAGGCACUUGAAAACUAUGAUAUCUGCACUGAAAUGCUACAGAGCUCCACUACAAUGCAAGCUAAAGCUGGCAAUGAUUGCAACAUUGUAAUACGGUUACCUAAUCUACAUGUUGAUUCUGUUGUUUCUUUAGAAGAGAUUGAAAAAAACCUAAAAUCCCUGGAGAGAUGCCAGUCUUUGGAAGAGAUCCAGCGACUGUAUGAGGCAGGGGAUUAUAAUGCAGUGGUGCAUCUGCUUCGUCCAACGUUAUGCUUUAAUGGUUAUGGCAGAGCAAAACAUCUGGAAUUUGUAACAUCCAUACCAGAGCGACCAGCACAGCUGCUUCUCCUACAGGACUCCCUGCUCAAACUGAAAGAUUACAAGCAAUGCUUUGAACGCUCAGAAGUUGCCUUGAAUGAAGCAAUUCAGCAGAUGAUUAAUAUGACAGCAGCCUCUGCUAAAGAAGAGUGGGUUGCUACGGUAACACAACUGCUCAUAGGAAUAGAUACUUCAUUAUCAUCAGUCAGCAGCAUCUUGAAAGACUCUUCUAUAACACCAGGCCUUGUUCGAUUAACAACCAACCUGAUUCAGAUCAUAGACUGCAGCAUGGCAGUCCAGGAAGAACCAAAAGAACCAUAUGUCUCCUCAGUGCUUCCAUGGAUUAUCCUGCACAGGAUCAUCCAGCAUGAGGAAGAUGCUUUUCAAUCCCUUUGCUGCCAGCAGCAGCAGCAGAACCAAGGAGAAGAAGUGAGUCCUGAUACACCUAUGUUGCCAUCUUCCCUCAUGCUGCUGAACACUGCUCAUGAGUAUUUGGGAAGAAGAUCCUGGUGUUGCAAUUCAGAUGGUGCUCUUCUCAAGUUCUAUGUUCAGGUACUACAAAAGGAACUCACAGCAUCCACUUCUGAAGAUACUCAUCCAUACAAAGAAGAGCUGGAAACAGCCUUGGAACAGUGUUUUUAUUGUUUAUAUGGUUUCCCUAGCAAAAAAAGCAAAGCAAGGUACCUAGAAGAACACUCAGUACAGCAGGUUGAUCUAACAUGGGAAGAUGCUUUGUUCAUGUUUGAAUAUUUUAAGCCUAAAACUCUUCCAGAAUUUGAUAGUUACAAAACCAGUACUGUGUCUGCUGAUUUGGCCAACCUUUUGAAGAAGACUGCUACAAUUGUUCCUCGAACAGACAAGCCUAUGCUGAGCCUAGAUACUGUAUCUGCCUAUAUUGAAGGAACAUGCAGCAAGGCACCAUCUCUCCCAGAUGGUGCGGACUAUUCUCCACCAGUGGUGACUGAGUUGUACUAUCUUCUGGCAGACUAUCAUUUCAAGAAUAAAGAACAGUCUAAGGCUAUUAAAUUUUACAUGCACGACAUUUGUAUUUGUCCAAACAGGUUUGAUUCAUGGGCUGGCAUGGCUCUGGCUCGAGCAAGUCGUAUUCAGGACAAGUUGAACUCUAAUGAAUUGAAAAGUGAUGGCCCAAUCUGGAAGCACUCUACUCCUGUCUUGAAUUGCUUCAAGCGAGCCCUAGAGAUUGACAGCUCUAAUCUCUCCUUGUGGAUAGAAUAUGGCACUAUUUCCUAUGCCCUACAUUCUUUUGCAUCCCGACAACUUAAGCAGUGGAAAUCAGAACUCCCCCCUGAAGUUGUGCAGCAGAUGGGAGAGCGUCGAGACAGUAUGUUGGAGACAGCCAAAUUGUGUUUUACGUCAGCAUCUCGCUGUGAGGGAGAUGGUGAUGAAGAGGAGUGGCUUAUUCACUACAUGCUGGGGAAGAUUGCAGAGAAGCAGAAACAGCCUCCUGUUGUCUAUCUGCUUCAUUACAAACAGGCAGGUCAUUACUUGCAUGAGGAGGCUGCCCGAUAUCCAAAGAAGAUUCACUACCAUAAUCCACCAGAACUUGCCAUGGAAGCGUUGGAGGUAUACUUUCGACUUCACGCUUCUAUUUUGAAACUUGUGGGGAAACCAGACUCCGGAGUAGAUGCAGAAAUACUAGUUAGUUUCAUGAAAGAAGCUUCUGAGGGACCAUUUGCCAGGGGUGAGGAGAAGAACACCCCAAAAGUUGCAGAAAAGGAAAAAGCUUGCAUGAUUGAUGAAGACUCUCACUCUUCAGCCGGAACAGUGCCAGGCCCUGGGACUUCCCUCCCCUCAUCCUCCGGUCCAGGUCUGACAUCCCCACCUUACACAGCCACUCCAGUUGACCACGAUUACGUCAAAUGUAAAAAACCCCGUCAGCAGGCAACGCCGGACGAGAGGAGUCAGGAUAGCACUGCAGCAGUGCUGUCUGACUCCAGUUCCACGCAGGAUAUGUUUACUGAGCCUGCCAGUUCUCAAGACAGCCUGAGGAAGACUUACACAGAGAAAAGGAUUUCUACUACUUGUGCUGAUACACUCAUGCCCAGCAAAGAGACCCUGGGAUCUGCAGAAGAAAAGAUUGCAGGAAAGGCAGAAGAGCUGCUGGAGAGCUCAGAAUCCUACCAUCCUGCUGAGCCGACUGGCCAAAAAAUUCUGGUGGAUCCUCAGUCUGCUUCUGGCAAUCCCAUCAAAGCUGCAAUCCCCCCACCCUUGCAGUGGGACUGCAAAAAGAAAGCUGAACCUUGUGGAGAUGCAUCUGAAUUUCCUCAUGGUCUUCCAGCAGACCUCGAGGAACAGCGGAAGUUCCUGACAGAGCAGUGUAUUGCCUCCUUCUGUUUGUGUCUCAGCCGCUUUCCCCAGCACUACAAGAGCCUCUACAGGUUGGCAUACCUGUACACAUACAGCAAAACACACAAGAACCUGCAGUGGGCCCGCGACGUGCUGCUGGGCAGCGGGAUCCCCUGGCAGCAGCUGAAGCACAUGCCUGCACAGGGCCUCUUCUGUGAGAGGAACAAGACAAAUUUCUUCAACCACCUCUGUGCAAACUUCUGUUAAGUAUAAGGUAAGUACUCUUUUCUGAUUAUAAUCCCUCAGAUGGGUUGAACAACUAAGGAAUACUGACACUGGUUCAAAACUGUAUCAUGGAUCAGUUUGCAAAAAGAGCUUCUGUGUCAUUGCAUCUUCUGGGUAGAAUUUUUGAUUAACAAAUACCAUCAGCCUGAUAGGAUAUAGACCAAACAGCUGUGACCUGAUUGAGGGCUAUGUGGCUUUAUUCUGGUUAUUUCCUUGCAAUAUCUGCCUGGUUUUCCUAUGAGAAUCCUGCAGUGUGAUUAACUCUUCAAGCUUUGGCUCAGAUCCAGAUAAUGCAAGUAUUCUUGUAGAAAUUAAUGAAAUUAAUCAACAUGCUUCAAGUCAAGUGUGAACUUUGCAGGAUCAAGGUUGACUUGUUCAUCAUUGCAGGAUUAAGUGUGAAGUGUAUCUUACGUUUUCAUGUAUGAGGAAGAUGAGCAGCAGGGAACCUAGCAGUGUGUAUGAGGAAGUGCUUCUACUUGAAAAUGUGAAUUACCACAUUAAGAGAGAUCAGUGGUUGACCUAAAUCACGUCUAGUUUUUGAAUGCUAAUGCUAGAUAGUUUAAAUUAAAGAUAGAUUCCAUUGUAUCAGCAUAUUGAUCUCAGAAGGAUGAAAAGUGCUAGUAUAGACAACUGUAU